CGCCUGCGCAGUGCGUCCUGUCGCUGAGGACCGGGGUGACCCUGAGGCGGACCAGCUAACUGGGUGACGAGGGGGCCGAGUCGAGCCGGGCAGUGAUGCUGAGCAAGUUCCUGGGGCCGCGCUACAGGGAGCUGGUGAAGUACUGGCUUCCCACGGCAGGCACAUGGGGCGCUGUUGGUGCUGUGGGGCUAGUGUGGGCCACUGACUGGCGUCUGAUUCUGGAUUGGGUGCCAUACAUCAAUGGCAAAUUUAAGAAGGACAGUUAAGCUAUCUUUUUGUUCUUAUGGUCUAGGGAUGGAGGAGUUUUUGGGGACUGCUCUUCUAGGGGAUCCUGAUCAGACACACAAUAUGAAGUGCUCAGAGUGGACUCCAAGGACCUCAUUGUCUCUCAAUGACCACCUUUGAUGUAUCACUUGUAUAGGGAUAAUUAAACCUCCCUCUGAAACACGCUGGCUGCUUAGGUGUUGAGCACAGGAAUACCUAUCACAACAGAUUGACUUAUACCGGAUUCACAAUGACAUUUGGAAUUAAAAAAACCGCCAAGGUCAAGUUUGAAACCUU